GCCCAGCAGAGCCCGGCGCUUGUCUGGCUGGCGGAGGCUGAGCGCGACCUUAGCGAGCCGCGGCGCCCGCCGACCAGGGACAAGCGCCACUCCGGGUCGCGCCUGCCUCUAUUGUCUCGGAGCUGCUCGGGCUCGGGCGCCGGGGCGGCGGUUCCUUUCCUUUUCCUCCUGGGGAGACGAUCGGAGAACCGGCGGCUGCUCGGGAGCGCUGGCCGAGGCCCCUCGUCUGGGGCCCGGGGCUGGAGGCGGCGGCCGAGGGCAAAGCGCGUCUGUGCGGGUGGCGGCGGCUGCCUCUUCCCGGGCGGAGGCUGCUGCUGCCCCGGCUUCACAGCGCGGCGCCCGGCUCCCUGGCCAUGGAGAGGCGGUCCGGACGCCGGGACUCCGGGAGCUCCGCUCGGGCUGCUCGGGCCACUCCGUAGACACCUGAGCUGACCUACGCCUGGCGGGGGAGGGGAAGUGACAGGGUAUCAUGUAUGCUGCUCCUUCCAGGGGACACUCCCCUGCUUUUCUGCAACCUCAAAAUGGACACAGCCAUCGCUCACCUGGUUAUGUGCCUGGGAAGGUUGUCCCCUUACGUCCUCCUCCUCCUCCAAAGAGCCAAGCUUCAGCCAAAUUGACCUCCAUCAGACAAGAAGCCCCAGCGACCUUUGCUUUCUCCCCUGAGGAGCAGCGAUCCCCGAGGGAGAGCCGAAAGCGGAAGAGGCACAAGAACACCUUCGUUUGCUUUGCUAUAACCAGCUUCUCGUUCUUUGUUGCACUUGCAGUCAUUUUGGGAAUAUCCUCAAAAUACGCUCCAGAUGAGAACUGUCCAGAUCAAAACCCCCGUCUCAGGAACUGGGAUCCAGGACAAGAUUCUGCAAAACACGUUGUUAUCAAGGAGGGUGAUAUGUUUCGCCUGACCUCAGAUGCCACAGUGAAUUCUAUAGUCAUUCAGGAUGGAGGACUGCUUGUUUUUGGGGAUGAUAAAGAUGGAUCCAAAAAUAUUACCUUGAGGACUCGUUCCAUCCUGAUCCAGGAUGGUGGGGCGCUUCAUAUUGGAGCAGAAAAAUGCCGCUAUAAAUCUAAAGCGACAGUUACCUUGUAUGGCAAGUCAGAUGAAGGUGAAAGUAUGCCAACAUUUGGCAGAAAGUUUAUUGGCGUGGAGGCUGGUGGGACGCUGGAGUUACAUGGGGCCCGGAGGACGUCCUGGACGAUGCUGACCAGGACUCUGAAUUCCUCUGGCUUGCCUUUUGGUUCCUAUACUUUUGAAAAGGACUUUUCCCGGGGCCUCAAUGUGAGGGUCAUUGACCAAGACACAGCCCAAAUUUUGGAAAAUGACAAAUUUGAUACCCAUGAGUACCAAAAUGAGAGCAGGCGACUUCAAGAAUUUUUGAGAGUCCAGGAUCCAGGUCGGAUUGUGGCUAUUGCCGUUGGAGAUUCAGCUGUCAAGAGCCUGUUACAGGGAACAAUCCAGAUGAUCCAGGACCGGUUGGGAAGUAAGCUGAUCCAAGGACUUGGCUACAGGCAAGCUUGGGCUUUGGUUGGUGUCAUUGAUGGUGGGACCUCUUCUUGCAAUGAAUCUGUGAGGAACUAUGAAAACCAUAGUAGUGGCGGGAAAGCUCUGGCCCAAAGAGAUUUCUACACCGUAGAUGGCCAAAAGUUCUCUGUGACAGCCUACAGUGAGUGGAUUGAAGGAAUUUCUCUCUCGGGUUUCCGGGUGGAGAUUGUGGAUGGAGUAAAGCUCCACCUGUCAGAUGAUGUCAGCAGUUGGAAAGCUGGAGACCAGAUUGUGAUAGCAAGCACCGACUACUCCAUGUACCAGGCUGAGGAAUUCACACUUCUCCCCUGUCCUGAGUGUAGCCGAUUCCAGGUCAAAGUCAAAGAGACACCCCAGUUCCUGCACAUGGGUGAGAUCAUAGAUGGGAUAGAUAUGAGAGCUGAGGUUGGAAUUCUCACCCGGAACAUUGUGAUCCAAGGAGAAAUGGAGGACUCAUGCUAUGGAGAAAAUCAGUGCCAGUUCUUCGACUAUGACACCUUUGGGGGACAUAUCAUGAUAGAGAAGAAUUUUACUUCAGUCCAUCUCUCUUAUGUGGAGUUGAAGCACAUGGGUCAGCAGCACCUGGGGCGCUAUCCUCUGCAUUUUCAUCUGUGUGGAGACGUGGAUUCUAAAGGAGGCUACAGACGCCCAGCAUCUGUGGAUGGCCUGUCCAUUCAUCACUGCUUCUCCAGGUGUAUCACAGUACAUGGGACCAGUGGCUUGCUAAUAAAAGACACCAUUGGAUUUGACACGCUGGGUCAUUGCUUCUUUUUGGAAGAUGGUGUUGAACAGAGAAACAUUUUGUUCCAUAAUCUGGGGCUUCUUACCAAGCCGGGCACACUCCUCCCCACAGAUAGGAACAAUUCCAUGUGCACCACCAUGCGAGACAAAGUGUUUGGAGACUACAUCCCUGUGCCUACCACGGACUGUAUGGCUGUUUCAACUUUCUGGAUUGCUCAUCCCAACAACCAUCUAAUCGAUAAUGCAGCUGCAGGCUCACAGGAUGCUGGAAUAUGGUAUUUAUUCCACAAAGAACCAACUGGGGAAUCCAGUGGGCUGCAGCUCUUGGAGAAACCUGAACUCACUCCACUGGGAAUAUUUUAUAACAACAGGGUCCAUUCAAAUUUUAAGGCUGGCUUAUUUAUUGACAAAGGUGUCAAAACAACCAACUCCAGUGCUGCCGACCCAAGGGAAUACCUCUGCUUGGAUAACAGUGCGAGGUUUCGGCCUCAUCAGGAUGCAGACCCUGAAAAGCCACGUGUUGCUGCUGUCAUUGAUAGGCUCAUUGCUUUUAAAAACAAUGAUAAUGGAGCCUGGGUCAGAGGAGGAGAUAUUAUCGUUCAGAAUUCAGCAUUUGCAGAUAAUGGAAAAGGAUUGACCUUUGCCAGUGAUGGGAGCUUCCCAAGUGAUGAAGGUUCGAGCCAGGAGGUGGCGGAGUCUCUCUUUGUUGGGGAGAGCAGGAAUUACGGCUUUCAGGGUGGCCAAAACAAGUACAUGGGCACUGGCGGGGUAGACCAGAAGCCUCGGACGUUACCUAGGAACAGGACAUUCCCAAUUAGAGGCUUUCAGAUUUAUGAUGGGCCUAUUCAUCUCACAAAGAGUACUUUCAAAAAAUAUGUGCCAACUCCAGACAGGUACAGCAGUGCAAUUGGCUUCCUGAUGAAGAAUUCCUGGCAGAUAACACCUAGGAAUAACAUCUCCCUUGUGAAGUUUGGUCCCCAGGUAUCUCUGAAUGUCUUCUUUGGAAAGCCUGGCCCCUGGUUUGAGGAUUGUGAGCUGGAUGGUGAUAAGAACUCCAUUUUCCACGAUGUGGAUGGCUCGGUGACAGGAUACAAGGAUGCCUACGUGGGAAGGAUGGACAACUACCUGAUCCGCCAUCCAAAUUGUGUCAAUGUUACCAAGUGGAAUGCAGUGGUCUGUAGUGGGACCUAUGCCCAGGUCUAUGUUCAGACAUGGAGCACUCCGAAUCUUAGUAUGAUCAUCACACGAGACGAAUACCCAUCCCACCCAAUGGUGCUUCGGGGUAUCAACCAGAGGGCCACCUUCCCGCAGUACCAGCCUGUCAUCAUGCUAGAGAAGGGCUACACCAUCCACUGGAAUGGGCCAGCACCACGCACCACUUUCCUAUACCUCGUAAACUUCAACAAGAAUGACUGGAUCCAAGUUGGACUGUGCUACCCAUCAAAUACAAGCUUUCAGGUUUCCUUCGGCUUUCUACAGAGACACAAUGGCUCCCUGUCCAAAACUGAAGAAUACGAGCCUGUGCAUUCCAUGGAGGAGCUGCAGAGGAAGUCAUCUGAGAGGAAGUUCUACUUUGACUCCAGCACAGGGUUAUUAUUUCUGUAUCUCAGAGCCCAGAGCCACAGGGAUGGCCACAGUUACUGUUCAUCUCAGGGAUGCGAAAGAGUCAAGAUUCAGGCAGCAACUGACUCCAAAGACAUCAGUAACUGCAUGGCCAAAGCGUACCCACAGUAUUACAGAAAGCCCUCGGUGGUUAGGCGCAUGCCCGCCAUGCUCACGGGUCUCUGUCAAGGCUGUGGCACCCACCAGAUGGUGUUUAGUAGUGAUCCUCACAAGAGCUACCUCCCUGUGCAAUUCCAGUCACCUAAUAGAGCAGAAACUCAGCGUGGAGAGCCAUCUGUUAUUUCUGUCAAUGGCACUGACUUCAAGUUCCGAAGUGCAGGUGUCCUCCUCCUUGUGGUGGAUGCCUGCAGUGUUCCCUUCCGGGUGACAGAAAAACAGAUGUUCCUUCUUGAAAAUGUCACUCGCGUGGAUGAGUAUUUAAAAGCAAACAUCCCUCCAAGAUCAAUUGUUUUGUUGAGCACAAGAGGAGAAAUAAAGCAGUUGAACAUUUCUGAUUCAUUGGUAUCCCUGGGAUUGGCUAAACCAGCGCAUCUUUAUAACAAAGGGAGUAUCAUAUUUUUGGGAUUCAGCGGAAACUUUAAACCUUCAUGGACUAAGCUGUUUACCAGUCCUGCUGAGGAGCAGGGCCUCGGGCUGAUUGAGCAGUUUUUACCUUUGCAGCUGGAGGACUAUGGGUGUCCCAGAGCUGGCAGUGUCCGCAGAAGAGACCUCGAACUGUUAAAGCAGGCUUCAAAGGCACUUUAGAGACUGACUGUAACUUAAGUGCUGGGAAAGAAAAAAAUGUGAACUAACUUAUUUAAUUUAUGGCAUUUUAAGAUGACACUGUUAACCCAAUGGAACCAUUUUCCUGUUUGAUACAAAAUGGGGAGAAAAGAAAGCACUCAGAGAGAUUGCCUGAAUGCCGGCUUAUCACCUUCUCAAUGUACAGAAUGCUGAAGAAGUCCUUUAUCUGUGUAAGGCUGGUGGUGUGUUUGGAGAGCAGUUCUCUCGUUCUACACCUUGCACCCAGGAUGGGUAGUGCCCAUGGGUGGUGUUUUGCUUUCUGUAGAGUGGGGUGCGGUGGGGACUUCUAAAGAGUUGCUUGAGCUCGUUAAAGAACUGGCUGCUCUAGCACCUUGGAUACUUGAAGUCUAACACGCUCAGUUGUGGCAAGUAGCAGUUGACUUGGGUGACUGGCGUAUUCCAUGAUGCCUGGGGCUUGCCUCAGACAGGCUUUGAGGUUCAGUGUGAUGCCAGAUACAGUAUUCAGUGGCAACUCAGGCCCAGCUCAUGCCCUUUUUUGCCUGGACAUGUGCUAUUUUUAUUCAUUUGUAUACUGAUGACAUUUGAGGGUUCACCUUUCAAAGAGGAACAAAAGGGCUUUUGAAAUCCGUUUAAUCUGUGACCAUUGAGCAAAAAUCAUGACCUGCACCCAGGUCCGAGGUUGGUGGGACCUCUUGCAGCUUUAAUCCUUAACCUAUCUUGACUGUAUAUUUGUAUUUAAAAUGUGGAGUGGAACUGAAUUAUUACUGUUCAUAAAAAAGCAGCAGAUCAUUUGCCCAAACUAAACUGUUGUCAUUUUAACUUGGACAAAGGCCGUCUGUUCUCGGUUUUGCUCUUGUACCUGGAUUUUACUGUUAUUUUGGUGUGGAGAUUUUAUUUUUAAAAAACAAAGCUUCUCUGCUCACCAUUCUGGCAGAAAAAUCCCAGAGAGCUUAAUGAUACUCCAGAAUGACUGCACAAGGGUGGAGGGGAAGCCUUUGGAGGGCCAGAAUCAUGGAGGAAAUAGGAGCCUCUUUGUAGCCUUAAAGUGAGUCCAGUUGUUAAAGAUAAGUAGAAAGGGGCACCUUGGCUCCUGCUGUCCCUUUCUAUUGUGGUCACUUUUCUUCACCCUGUGGGGAACACAUGUGGCAAAAGGAGGCAGGUGCUGUAGCUGAGAGGAGUCAUUACUUGUUUAUAACCCCAUGAGGCACAAAGGCGUGUUGACGAACAGCCGGGCAUGUUUGGGCAGAAAUUAGCCAUGAACUCAGACACAGUCAUUUUCCUGUAUGAAGGGCCAAGGCCAAUGCCUGUACUGUUGUGUCCAGCAGACAUUCUAGAGCAGCUUUGUGACUGUGUUACUUUACAAAAGAUGCUACCUCAGACUGCUAUGACACACCAUUCUGACUGUAAGUGCUCAUGCAAAGGGCACACCAUGUCUUAAUCAAAGUUUGGUUAUUUGUUUUUUGGGUUUUGGGGGGUUUUUUGGUUUGUUUUUUGAUGUAGCUCUCUCUCUUUCUCUCUCUCUCUCUCUCUCUCUCUCUCUCUCUCUCUCUCUCUCUCUCUCUAGUGAUGAGUGGAAUUGUACCUAUUAAGUAUAUUAUUGGAUCAUGGUUCCUGAAGGUGAUUAAACUGCUAUGUGUGGGUAUGUGUAUGUGUGUGUGUAUGUUAUGACUUAAAUAUAUUUGAUGUGUGUUUUUUAGAGUUCAGUUCUUUAAAUAUUUGGAGAAGGAUAUGUAAAUUCUGAGGCACUCAGUUUUUCUGAUUUAUAUACUAAUAAUUAGGGCCUAAGUUAAAUAAAAAUAUUUGUGCAUGUAUUCUG